AUGGUCAAGAAGACCAACUCCGACGUCACCGACUUCGACAACCAGGUGGGCAGUCUGGACAUGGCCCUCGAGCUCGACGACGAGGGGGACGUCUUCAUCGCGCAUCGCGAGUUUUGGGCGCGCCUCCGGACCCGUCUCUCCGUCAACAAUGCGUCCCAGGGGCUAGACGUCCUGGACGCCAUGGCCAUAGACGUCCUGUCGGGAGGCGACGCGCGCCGCCUGAACCAGAUCCUCGUGAUCCUGCCGCACCCCGACGAGAUGCAGGCCGGCGAGCCUGCCGAGCACUCCGUCCUGUCGAUCCCGCUGCCGCCGUUGGUGCCCACGCCAGAGUCGACGCCACCGCCACCACGUCCAUCGACAGGGACCAGAUCGUCUCCACGGACGUCUUCCAAGACGAGGCCGCCAUCGAAGAAGAAACAGAAGGCCGCGGCCAAGAAGAAGGCCGAGGCCUACGACUUCCGGUUGCCGACGACGGCGCCCGCGCGACUGAAGAUCGACCUGGCCGCACUUGCGCAGCGCGCCUUCAGCAAGGGCCUCGCUCCGUUCCGCUUGGUGUACCCCUGGCGCAAGCAGCGGUGCUGGUACCCGCCAUCCGAGUAUCCCGAGUUGCACCUCGUCCACUACCGUGCCAACAUGCGCUUCCGCGAGCUGUUUUUCCUGUGGGUGCUCUACAACAUCGAGGAGCGAGGGUACUUCGGCUUUCUCGACGACUUCGAGAACGGAGCUCAUUACACGCUCAUGUGGUUGGGAGGCAGAGCGGCCAAGCACUCUGCCGGCGCGGCUAAGAGCAAGGGCGCGGUGCACGAGGACCUCGGCGUUGUCUUCGCAAAGGACAAGAUUCUCUACGAGCGGGCCAUCGAGCGAGCUCUCGACCCCAAGAUCGUCGACGAACACGGCUACGCCUCGAUUCCGGAGCUCCUCGAGGAGGCGGAGCUCAUCGACCCCACGCGAGCGCCACACCUGCGACUCUCCGACAAGGCUCUCGGUCGCAUCAAGCACGACGUCACCAGCGGGCCGCCCCCCGUGCUUUCUUGGGUGGGCAACCGAACCCGCGGUCCGUGGAAGGCCCUCUUGUCGGACGCGUCGCUCAAAGAGACCAUCGAGGAGGUGGUCGAGCUCCUGGACUUGGGCAUGGAGGUGGCCGUGUACGACCAGAAGCCCUUCAACCCCGACGAGCAGGGCGACGAUGACUCGGACUUCGAGGACGAGGACGGAGCCUUCACGGCGUUGCCUCCGACGCCCCCCGUGCAGUACCGGGCUCCCGCCGUCAAACAGCGAGCUACCACUCCGUCCAAGCCAGGGGUUCCGGUUUCUCGCUCCAGCAAGUCAGGCGAGUCCGAAGACUCCAGCGACGACAAGAAGAAGCCGGCGGCCAAGGACGACAGCGACAAGGACGACAUGGCCCAACCCAAGACCACCAAGGCCCCCGUCGCGGCCAAAGAGACGCUGCCGGGCGACGAAGCAGACGACGACGGCGAGGUAGCGAGCGAGCCUCCGACCAAGAAGCUCAAGUCGCGUUUCGCAAGCGUCGACAAGGCCAAGUGA